AUGACAACGAUAAUGAUAUUACAUAUCCGUUCAAAGUUCACGGCUGUGGGACGAAAAGAGAUUUUGACCUUCUUCUACAUAUACCUGAUCUUGACUUGCAUCAGUCUGGUUCUUGACGCUGGUGUCAUACCAGCCACCAGUGGCGGUGCCUUCUCAUAUUUCGUUGCCAUCCAGAACGGUUUGACAGGCGCAUUAUGCAUGAGUUUGCUGGUCAAUGGCUUUGUUGGCUUCCAGCUGUACGAAGACGGCACUGCUCUGUCCGUAUGGUUGUUGAGAGGCACCUGCUUAGGCAUGUUCAUCAUCGAGUUCUUCGUCAGCUUGAUGACUUUCAAAGGCUGGGGUGGCCUGGGACCAGAAAAUACUGCCGUCCUGUUUGCUGUGCUCUACGUCGUUCCAGCCCUAUUUAUUUUUGUCUACGUCGUCAUGCAGGUCUUCUUGGUGCUCAAUACCCUUCAGGAUCGUUGGCCACUGGGUGAUCUGCUGUUCGGCGCCACUUUCUUCAUUGCAGGCCAGGUUCUACUUUACGCAGUUGGCACUACCAUUUGCGAGUCAACCAGUCACUACCUCGACUCUCUUUUCUUCGCCACCAUCUGCAACCUCCUAGCAGUCAUGAUGGUCUACAAGUAUUGGGACUCCAUCACCAAAGAAGAUCUCGAAUUCAGCGUUGGCACAAAGCAAGGGAACUGGGAAGUAGUAGACCCACUCCUGGCCGGCCACGAUGAUUCUACGGAUCCCUACGAUGUCAAGAGAGCCAGUUUCUACGCCGAUCCUGCCGCCACUUCAGUCGACUCCAUGUACGAUACCUAUUCGCUCGAGUACAACCCUCGUCCUGCUUCUCGCCACCACUACCUAGGCAACAACUCCAACCCAAGACUUUCUGGCCAUGGCCACGCUCAAAUCGUUGAUGGAAGACAAGGCUACGGCGACGUAAGGAAGAGCGCAAAUGUCGUCCCACAGUCAAGAGCGGCUUCCGCCCAGGGUCCGAGAGGUUACGACGACUACCAUGAUGCCACGAGUUAUCAGCACGACCGUCAACAAUCGACCGUACGUGGCCGUUCUAAGGGAACCCCGCACGCAAGAGCUACCAGUAACGAGGUUGUGUACGAUCGUUACUAG